UACGUGGGAAGCAAACGCCAGUUUAUUGCUCAAAUGUAACUCAUCUUGAAAUAUCAUACUACCAUUCACUUUUAGAUAAAAAAAUCAUAAGUAUUGUACAUUCAUGUCCAAAUAUAAUCCAUUUGAGUUUCAUAAAUAGCAUAGGAUUUAGUAAUAGAGCAUUAGAACUGAUAGCGGGUUCAUACCCGAAUCUGAAGUAUCUCAAUUUAUGUGAUGAUCGGUCAGGUUGCUUUAGAAGCUUUAGUGAUCGAGAAGUGGAUGAUGAAGGUCUAACUGCAAUUGCAAAUCCAUGCUAUAAUUUAGAAUAUCUAAAUAUUUCCUAUCGCAUAUAUUUUUCUGAAAAAUCAAUUUGUAACAUUAUCUAUUCUUGUCCAAAGCUCCAACAUCUCAACCUUAGUUUUUGUAAAAUUACUGAUAUAACUAUCAAAGAAAUUGCUAGUUCGUGUCUUAAUUUAAAAUAUCUUAAUCUGGAAGGAUGUUAUAAAAUUAGCAAAGAGGCUGUAGAUCAACUCGUUUCACUUAAUCCACAUAUCCAUGUUAAGAAUUUC